ACCUGCCCACCCGCCCGUCCUGCCUCCCUGCCCCGCUGUCCCCGCUCUGCCUCCCGCACGGGGCCCGGAGGCGGGGCGGCUCGGCGGCUCAUAAAGGCGUUGGCGGUGCCGGAGCGCCGGAGCGCGAUGUCCCCGCCGGGCGCCGUCCCGCAGCCCCCACGCCGCCCCGCCGAGCUGCGCAAGACCCUCAAGCCCCUCCUGGAGAAACGCCGCCGCGCCCGCAUCAACGAGAGCCUCAACCAGCUCAAAACGCUCAUCCUGCCGCUCGUCUGCAAGGACAGCUCCCGCUGCUCCAAGCUGGAGAAAGCGGACAUCCUGGAGAUGACCGUGCAGUUUCUGAGGGAGGUGCCGGCCGCGCCCUCGGCCCCAGAGCCCUCCUAGAGCUUCCGCGCCGGGUACCGCGCCUGCCUGGCCCGUCUGGGCGCUCUGCUGGCCCCCGCGCCGCCGCCCCCCGCCCGCCGCCGCCUCCCGGAGCCUCCACCGCCCGCCCGCCCCAAGGCGGCCCCGCCGCCCCCCGCCGCCCCACGCCGCGCUGCCCCCACCCCUCUCUGGCGGCCCUGGUAGCCCCCUGCGCGCAGCUGUACAUAGCCCUAUUUAUUUGCACAGACCCCGCCGCCGGCCCGGGGACCCCCAACCCUUUGUACAAAUAAACCUUUGGCCAAAGCUGA